GCUCAACAUUGGUCUUCGAAGUCUGACAAUUUAAUUUCCCACUCCAUGAUUGGGAUGAAGACUUGCUGGACUUAAUUAUGCCAGAAAGGUACGACGAUUGGGGAAACCCAAUCAGAGCUAGCAAUCAUGAGCCCAUCGAGUACAGUUUCCGGGGGCUGGCAAAGCCACUCGCUCGUACAUUUCGAGAAUAUCGUGCUAUGAUACUAUGGGCGAUCGUUGCAUUGGGUCUGUACCUCUUCUGGGGCUCAGGAGAGCCUCGAGCUCCUCCUAUUGAUUGGAAGCAAUUCGCAUAUGUUCAAUACGCCACCGACGAUCAUAAUAUGUGCAACUCUUUCAUGGUCUUUGAAGCACUACAUCGACUCGGAAGCAAGGCUGAACGUGUCCUUAUGUACCCUGAGGAAUGGAAUCGUGCAUCAUCUGACGAGCGCAACGUCCAACUUCUGCACAUCGCUGAGAGAAGCUACAAGGUCAAGCUGAAGCCGGUAAGACUGAUCAAUGAUUCUGGCAGGGCAAAGCCAGGAUCUCUCAACUUUCCAAGCUCUUGGGACACUACCAUCAACAAAUUGCGCGCCUUCGAGCUGGAUGAGUACGAUCGCGUGCUCCACAUUGAUAGUGGCGUCACCUUACGACAGCACCUGGACGAGUUGUUCACGUUGCCAAAGGUUCAGAUGGCCAUGCCGCGAGCCUAUUGGCACGAUGCCCCUCCAGGCCAACAACAGCUCACAAGUCGGAUCAUGCUACUGGAACCUAACCAGGCCGAGUUCAAAAACUUCGUGGAUAUUCUCAACAGCUGGAAGCUCAAUCCCGAUUUCAAACUUCGCCGUCAUUACGACAUGCAGCUCGUCAACCACCGUUUCGGAGGAUCUGCCAUGGUUCUUCCUCACCGCCCAUACAUCCUCUCGACUUCAGAGUUCCGCAGGGAGAACCAUGAUGCGUAUCUAGGCGUACAUUAUGGCCCACAGGGUCACCUUCCCGCGCGCAUGAAGUGGGAUGCAGUUAGAGCAGUGGAAGAGGCUAAGCUGAUCUACUUUGACGAUGAACCUCUUCCAAAGCCCUGGAUCAUGUGGCCGUUGGACGGCCUUGCAGAGAUUCAGCCGAGCUGUGGCGGCAGUCAUUUGACUUGCCCGGAGAGAAAGGUGUGGAAGGAACUAUAUGAUGAUUUUCGGAAGCGGAGAAGAAGCCUUUGCAGCAUCCUGAGCGCUCCUGCGCCGAUCUGGAGACAAAUCCAGAACAAGACUGAAACUCCAUACUAUGUGAACUGAGAGCAGCCCAUCACAAGUGUGUGUGCAUGCUGUAAGAUAGAUUACAUCAAUAUUUGUUCCACAAAUGAGAAAGGUUCCGCCGCGAGCGAGUUGACCUGUGUUGAACACUUCUCAUCUACAAGUGCAGAGCCGCCAUGACGAUAACACGGUUGGGGGAUUUUGAC